GCGAUCUCGCAAACUGCCCGAACUACCCAGAAUUCGGCAAGCGACAUGGUGAUAUGCCUGGGCAAUCUAAUCAUCAAGCGCGUGCCGCCCUUCAACCAGUUGGAAAAACUGGGCGAAGUUCUGAGCAACUUUCUGGGAGGUUUCGCCAAGGUGGCGGGCACAGUCGCAGGGAAGGUCUUGAAGGGAGGCUCUUCCUUGAUCCAAGAGGCCGCCCUCUCGAAGUUCCCGGCUGUGGGGGCUUCGCCGGCUGUGCACCAUUCAGGGCACAGCCUCGUGAUCAAAACCCACAGCCGAAAGAACCAGAUGAAGGCUAAGAUGUCGACCCUCCAGAUGAGGGGCGAUGAUGAUCCUCCCAACGACGGUAUCAGCUUCAAUCUCCACGACGAAGGGAGCAACUACCAAUCCAAGCUGAUCACACAGUUCCAGGGCUACGAGAAGGACACGAGCUCCUGUCUGGCCUUCGCCCCGAAGAGCAAGCACGGGGCCAACGGCCAGGCUACGGAAGCAGACUGGCAGGUACAGAACGAGGAUACAUUCGUGGCGCUGGAGCCUUGGGCUGUCCCAUACGGAAACGAUUGGAUGAAAAGGAACUGGGACAAAUGGCAAGGCUACUCUUUCUACGUGGGCGAGUCGGCCAUCGAAAAGUGCAUGACGGUCACGUACGGCAUCAAUGUCCAGCCGGUGGUGGCCUUUGUGGGAGGUUUGCAGGUCGAUGUAAUGCCUGAGCCACUGGCAUCAGUGGACACGACGGUGUGCUGGCCCGACGGCAGGCCUGACGGUCAGGACCUGAGCUUGCUGCGUACCGAGAUCAAGUCCAGUGGCGUUCUACUCUUCGGCCGGUCUCUCCGCCUAAGCAAGCGCUUCGGCAGUCCCACGCAUAUGGUGGGGGAGUACACGCACGCCAGCACCGGAACCUGGCAAGGCUCCACCAACCCGCAGCAAGAAAUCUCCAGGACGAAGCUCCUCCAGACCAGCCAAAACGAGACGCGCCAGACAGCGUCCGGUGAAGAAGCAGCGCAGGAGGACCAGGGUGUGCUGGAAUGGAUGGAGGAGGAGGACUUCUACUUGGCCUCCGCAAACUACUCCGACUUGGGGAUGAACUUGACCUCAGGCUUCGAGCUGUUCAACUUCGCGUUCGACGCAAGCGGGAUGGUGAACUUCCGGCUCAGAGCCCUCCUCGCCGGGACCAGCCUGGAGAUGCGUACCGAGUUUGGCUUCACCUCACUCUUGAACUUGAAUUCCGGGGAGCAGACGUUGAAGCUGGUGGACAUUGCAGAGCAAUUUGCCGUGGUGCUGCACGCCCUCCCGUUUGUGGCCCCACUAAGCAGAGACAGGGCCCUCAAUGCCCUGAAGGACUUUGCCACCAAAGACGUGCCAGCGCCCCCGCCGCCUGUUGCGCUGAGGCCUGGCUCGACCGUCUACAUCUACAACCGCCACUUCCAGCAGUACUUGAACAUUGGUCCCGGCACUCACAUGGCGAGAUCCAGCCUACCAAACAAAAUGUCGGAUCGAGAACGUUGGACUGUGGUGGACGCAGGCGAUGGGGAGAUCGCAUUGCACAAUGAGCAAACGGGACGCUUCCUGAUGAUAAACGACCAUCAUAUUUGGGGUCAUCCUGCUGCCGCGAGCCACUUCCAUCGAAGUUGGGUCAACUGCAGGUUCACUGUGGUCCCUUCACCGGUGAGCGGAUGGUUUGGACUGUACAACAAGCUGGUCAGCCGGUUCGUGUCGGUUGGGGACCACCACGGCACGUAUGUUAGUCCCAAAAUUCAGCCCAAGGACUUCCCAGCAGGGUGGGCCCAUCAGCAGUUCAAGUUUACAGUGGCAACGCCCUACUUGAAGCCAGGCACCAAAGUAGGCCUCUACUCGCAUCACGGGACGUGGCUGCGCAUGCACAACAACUUCAUGGACACGGUGCAUUACCCGGCACUUACCCCUGCGAACUUCCAUGCCCACACUGCCACGCACACGUGGGAGACGUUCGAGGUGGUGGAUGCCGGGAGUGGCGAGAUUGCCCUCUGGAGCCAGAAGUGGGCACGGUUCGUGGGAGUGACACCUGACGGCAAGACCCACUCGACGGAGCACAAGUACGCCCAUCAGCUCCCAGCCGGGUGGACUUGGGAAAGGUUCGCCGUGGUGCCCCUCAAUGGCCUCAUUGGCUUGCACAACCCUCAAAACAACCGGUUCCUGCGUGCAACACCUCAGGGAGGUGCCGACGCCAGUGCACAAAAGUCGCCAGCUGACAUUCCUGAUGGUUGGACGUGGGAGCGAUGGCAAGUGGUCGAGGUUCCCGGCAGCACUGAGCCUACCAGCCCGAAACUCCCAGGUGGCUGGACCUUCAGCGCCGCACGCUGA